UUCUCUUUCUUCUUCCCCGACUUUCUUUUCUGGUGUUGUGGUUUCCUCCGCAGUCUGCUCUGCACCUCUUUCUCGUUCUCUCUUAUCCGACGAUUCGAGACCGUGCAUAAGGUGAAAAAGGAGAAAGUAGAACUUUGCGUUGAUCUAGAGGAGCUGUACGUUAUUGGAGGUUCAGGGGAAAAAAGUUUAAACUUGAAGCUUCUGAGCCGUCAUCCAAAGAGGGGAGGCAAGGGCCAAAUGGCAAAGUCUUGCAAGGGCUUGGCAAUGGAACUGGUCAAGUGUCUUAGUGAGUGCGAUUGCGUUAAGGUUGAGAAGCGAUCGUACAGAGAAUGCGCUGGGGAGAAGAGUCCAUCAAUAUCAAGUGAAUGCAUUGGUCUGAGGGAAACAUAUUUCAAUUGCAAGAGAGGCCAGGUUGACAUGAGAGCUAGGAUUCGGGGGAACAAAGGCUAUUGAGGAGCAGUGGCUUCUUGUGGGCUUUGAAUAUAUUGACCAAUGGUGGUGUGUUAGAGCAGGGACCAUUGCUAGGAUGUUGAUGGGUUCUUGUCUCAUUCAUGGGGUCCUUUGGGGGGUUAUGCAUGGUUGCCCCUCCUCCUCUCUGUUCUUUUCUCUUUCCUUUUUGUGUUUCGACUGUUACGAAUGCAUUGUGGAGUAAAGACAGCUGCAUUGAAGUUGAUUUGUAUACAUCUCUAGUUUCUGCUAUUUGUAGUCUUUGUAGAUGAGUUUGUGAGGUAAUGUUUGGAGAUCAUGUAAGAGGAAUUGAGUUUUCAUUGGUUGUGAACAUUUAAUUUG